UUGUUUUCUGCUGGAAUAAGUAUGAAAAGUCAUCUUACCUCUUCAAUUAUAUAUAUAGAUAUCAUCACAAAGCUAAUAAGAUAUUGAGUUAUAUGGCAGCAAGAGAUUGAUGGGUUCAUCAGAGGACAAAUACCGCACGUUUUUGCAUCAAGAGCAAGAGAAGAACACCAAAUGGAGAUUUGGUGCCCCUCCUAAUUAUGAUGUUGUCAACAAGCUUUUUGAAGAGGGCAGAACCAAGAAAUGGCCUCCUGGAUCUCUUGAAGAGCAGGUGCAGACUCUAGUCAAGAAUUGGGAAAUGGAAGUUUUCCAUAAAGUUGAUGUAAAUCAAUACAGAUCACUGGAUCCACAGAAAUACACUUUCAGCCUCAAUGGAAGGAAUGCUAUGACGUUGGAAGAGAAAAAGAAGCUUGGAGGUGGGUAUAAUGCACUGCUGCAAACAUCGAUGCCACAAGAACUAAGGGUAUACGACCCAAAUGAAGAAACAGCAGAUUCAUCUCACAACAUUUUCACCACCACUUUCCCACGUGGUUUUGCUCUGGAGAUUCUUCAUGUCUAUUCUGGACCACCCGUUAUUAUUUACAAGUUCAGACACUGGGGAUUCAUGGAGGGUCCUUUCAAGGGCCAUGCCCCAACUGGUCAAAAAGUUGAACUUUUUGGAAUCGCCAUUUUCACGGUAUAUUAUAUCAUUGCUUGCUCCAUUUUCGAAAUAGUAAUAUCCAUAUAUAGUCUCCUGAAAGGUCCUGCCAUUGAUGCAAGUGGUGAAGAUGCUAUUUCAAGCUGUCCUGUACUCAGGAACACUGGCUAAGGAAUAGAUAGCACAACCCUAACCUUAAGACUCAGAUUGUAAUACAGGGUUACAGGCAAAUAAAGGUUCUUGUGCCAUUGUAGUGCCUAUUUAUUA